AUGCCGCGCCUUGCACAGUAUGACUACCUAUUCGCCUUUGGUGUUAUAUUCGCCUUCCUCGAUGCCUUCAACAUUGGCGCAAAUGAUGUUGCCAACUCAUUCGCGACAUCCGUGUCUUCUAGGUCACUGACAAUGCGACAGGCCGUCGCUAUUGCAAGUGUAAUGGAGUUCUUAGGUGCAGUUCUUGUUGGUGCGCGUGUAGCAUCAACCAUCCGUAACGGCAUUAUCGAUAUCAGCAUAUUUAACCAGGAUCCUGCCAUGCUUCUACUUGCUAUGGUUUGCGCUAUCUGUGCCUCGUCCCUAUGGCUCACGAUGGCUACUCGAUUGAGUAUGCCUGUCAGCACCACCCACAGUAUUAUUGGUUCGUUGAUCGGUGUUGGCAUCGCCGCAGGUGGGGCCAAGAGCAUUAAGUGGGGAUGGAAUGGUAACGGUGUUGCUUUUGUAUUCGCUUCGUGGGUCAUCGCCCCUGCCGUGGCCGGAGGCUUCGCAGCCAUUGUUUUCUUGCUCACCAAGUUUGUGGUUUUGAACCGUGACGGUGAUGCCUCGGUCAAAUAUGGUCUUAUGUUCGCUCCGAUAUACUUUUUCGUUGUCUCUGGUGUCCUCACUAUGGCCAUCCUCUGGAAGGGCUCCCCUUCACUUGGGCUGAGUGAAAUGCCUCCUGGCGAGAUGUCUGCUGCAAUCAUCGGAACUGCUGCUGUUGUGAUGUUAUUGUCCAUAAUCUUCUGGCUCCCGUACGUCCAUGCGCGUGUUGUUAAGGGUGAUUAUACCGUCCGUUGGUAUCACUUCUUCAUGGGUCCUCUCUUGUGGAGGCGCCAACCUCCGGCAGACGCUGCCGAAUUUAUUGCUGGUGCUGUCCCCGAUUACUACAAGGGUCACCAUGCCGAGGACGCUGUCGCUCCUGCCGACGAUGAAGAGCAUGGUGCUGCUCGUCACCUCCGCAAGGAUGAGACCCAGCAAGUGCAGAGCGGCAAGAGCGAUUCGAUUACUGAGGAAAAGCCUACGGGAAGUGAUCGUGAUGCAUCCGAGCCUGCUCCCACCGCUCCUGUUCAAGAAAAGUCAAGAAUUGCCCGGUUGACUGCAGUUGAGGGACCUCCGAUCGAGGGAGCGUGGAUCGAGCCCAAGAACUUAUACAUUAUUGCCCGUUACCGCACUAUCCCAUUCAUCGUCAAGGUUUUCACUCAUGGCACCACGGUCGAUGUGCUUGACAUGCAAGCUCAAGGCCAGUCCAAGGAGGGGCGCAGACUUCAAGACAUGCAUAACCGGGCUGCCCAAUACGACAAUCGCACAGAACAUUUGUACUCUUUCCUUCAGGUCAUGACCGCCGCUACUGCAUCCUUUGCGCAUGGAAGUAACGACGUCUCGAACGCCAUCGGCCCCUUUGCUACGAUUUACUUCACCUGGCAUACUGGUACCUUCGCAGGAAGCAAGAGCCCUGUCGCAGUCUGGAUGUUAGUCUUCGGUGGCGCGGCAAUCGUCAUCGGUCUCGCUACCUAUGGCUACAAUAUCAUGCGUGUCCUCGGCAACCGUCUGACUCUGCACUCUCCUUCGCGCGGAUUCUCUAUGGAGCUUGGUGCCUCUCUCGCUGUCGUUCUGGCGAGCCAGGUCGCAGUACCCGUUUCGACAACACAAUGCAUUACUGGUGCCACCCUUGCCGUCGGUUUGUGUAACGGUGACCUGCAUGCUCUGAACUGGCGUAUGUUCGGAUGGAUUUUCUUCUCUUGGGUUCUCACCAUUCCUUGUGCGGGUCUUCUCGCAGGGUGCUUGUUCGGGAUCAUUGCCAAUGCUCCUCGAUUCAGCAGCUAG